AUGGUACCUAACAUCAUCACCAACUUACCAAAACAAAUCACUCCUCAACAUAUUUCAAAUUUACAUACUGCUUUCUUAAACACUUCAUCUCGAUUUACAUCUUAUAACUUUAGAGAAUAUUUCAUAAGACGUUCAAACUUAAAAUUCAAUCAAGAAUUACCUACUAUCAUCAAGAGUACUUCAAUCACUUCAGAAACUUCAACCGAUCAAUCUUCUCAAGAAACACUACAGAAAUGGUGGAAAGAUUCAAUUAAAGAGUUAAUGGUUUUAGAACGUGCUAGUGUCAUGAAUCGAUUAUACGAAGCUCCUAAAUUGGUUGUUGAAGGUGAAGGUCGAUUUAUAGUAGCUGCUGGUGGUGGUGCUGGAAUGGAACAAUCGUAA